UUUGCAGGCAUAGGGAAUAAGCAGAUGCCUAUGUAUAGCUCCAAUGACGAAGGCAGCAUGAAUGCAACAGGAACUUUUGAUUCUUGAAACUUCGGCGGAGGUGAUUGGGUGGAGCUGGCUUUCCUGGAAUUGUAGCACAGAUUUUCCUGUUGUGAUUCAAUGUCAGUUGUCUCACGUUAGUGACCCCAGCUCAGCUAAGGAUUCCUGGUCUCUCAGUAGCAGUUGCCAUCUGCACCCCUGACCUCUCAGCGAUUGCUUCUUUCCCGUUUUUUUGAAGUUUUAUCACAAUGCUUCAUCUAGGACAAGAGUGGCGAAAUCCAUCGAUAGCUGAUCAGCAUCCCUGGAUUUUGCUUACUGCACAGGAAAGCUUUGCCUGAAGAUGGAAACACUGGAGUCUGAACUGACCUGCCCUAUCUGUCUGGAGCUGUUUGAAGAUCCACUGUUGCUGCCUUGCGCUCACAGCCUGUGUUUUAACUGUGCACAUCGUAUCCUUGUCUCCCACUGUGCCAACAACGAAUCCGUAGAAUCUAUUAACGCCUUCCAGUGCCCCACCUGCCGUUAUGUCAUCACACUCAGCAAGCGUGGCUUAGAGGGGCUAAAGAGGAACGUGACUUUGCAGAACAUCAUUGACAGAUUUCAAAAAGCCUCAGUGAGCGGGCCCAAUUCUCCUAGUGAAACGCGUCGAGAACGUGCUUACGAUACCACUAACAGCAUGACAUCAAGCGAGAAAGUACUCUGCCAGUUCUGUGAUCAGGACCAGGCAAGGGAGGCUGUGAAAACGUGUGUGACCUGUGAAGUUUCAUAUUGUGAGGACUGUUUAAAAGCUACUCACCCAAACAAGAAACCAUUCACUGGUCACCGUCUAAUUGAGCCCAUCCCAGAUUCUCACAUAAGAGGGUUAAUGUGCCUGGAACAUGAGGAUGAAAAAGUUAAUAUGUACUGUGUGACAGAUGAUCAGCUAAUCUGUGCCUUGUGUAAAUUGGUUGGGAGGCAUCGAGAUCAUCAAGUGGCUGCCCUUGGUGACAGAUACGACAAACUAAAGCAAAGCCUGGAGAGCAACCUAACCAACCUCAUCAAAAGGAACACAGAAAUGGAAAUGCUGUUGUCUAAGCUCAUUCAGACCUGCCAGAAGGUGGAGGUUAAUGCAUCACGACAAGAAGCAAAAUUAAUGGAGGAGAGUGACCAACUGAUUGAAAUUAUUCAACAGAGAAGACAACUAAUUGGAACAAAAAUAAAAGAAGGAAAGGUUGUGAGGUUAAGAAAACUGGCCCAGCAGGUUGCGAACUGUAAACAGUGCAUUGAGCGCUCCACAUCCCUAAUCUCACAGGCAGAACAGUCUCUAAAGGAAAAUGAUCAUGCUCGCUUCCUUCAGUCAGCCAAGAAUAUCACAGAAAGAGUUUCAAUGGCAACAGCAUCCUCUCAAGUGCUUAUUCCUGAAAUCAACCUAAAUGACACAUUUGACACGUUUGCAUUGGAUUUUUCAAGAGAGAAGAAGAUGUUAGAAUGUCUUGAUUAUCUGACAGCACCAAAUCCCCCUAUAAUUAGAGAGGAACUCUGCACUGCUUCCUACGACACCAUUACUGUGCAUUGGACAUCUGACGAUGAGUUUAGUGUGGUUUCCUAUGAGCUACAGUAUACCAUCUUCACUGGACAAGCUAAUGUUGUUAGUUUGUGUAACUCAGCCGACAGCUGGAUGAUUGUUCCCAAUAUCAAACAGAACCAUUAUACAGUUCAUGGCCUCCAGAGUGGCACCAAGUACAUCUUCAUUGUUAAGGCCAUAAACCAGGCUGGAAGUCGCAACAGUGAACCUGGCAAGCUAAAAACCAACAGUCAACCGUUUAAAUUAGAUCCCAAGUCUGCUCACAGGAAACUUAAGGUAUCACAUGACAACCUGACUGUAGAGAGGGACGAAACCUCUUCAAAAAAGAGCCACACACCAGAGCGUUUUACAAGCCAAGGAAGUUAUGGUGUUGCUGGCAACGUGUUCCUUGACAGUGGCCGGCAUUAUUGGGAAGUGGUUAUAAGCGGAAGCACCUGGUAUGCCAUUGGCAUUGCCUACAAAUCAGCACCCAAGCAUGAGUGGAUAGGAAAGAACACGGCCUCUUGGGUGUUUUGCCGUUGUAACAACAACUGGGCUGUAAGACACAACAGUAAAGAGAUUCCUAUAGAGCCAUCACCGCAUCUCCGCCGCGUAGGGAUCUUGCUGGACUACGACAAUGGUUCAUUGUCUUUUUAUGAUGCUUUGAACUCCAUUCACCUCUACACUUUUGACAUUGCUUUUGCACAACCUGUGUGCCCAACCCUCACCGUGUGGAAUAAGUGCUUGACAAUUUUAACAGGUCUCCCCAUUCCGGAUCACUUGGACUGCCUAGAGCAGCUAGCAUAAUGCCAUUGGGAAUCCAUUGCAAUGCACAUGUCAAACUGAGUCUACAGAAUGACUGGAUCUCAAAUUUGUUUUAGAAUUGUUUAUCCCUUAAGGUGUAAUCCAAUACACAAGCAAGUGCACAAGGCAUAUUUCACAUUCACAGGUUUCCCCAGUAAAAAAAAAUAAAAAAAACUACAAGGGUUUAUGAAUUAUUUAUGAAAUGAUUUUAAUUAGUAUUGUUAUCCGUUUUGCACAUUGAAUGAUUUGUUUGUGGGUCUUUGCAGUCUAAAUACCUUGUAAUUGGGAAAUUCUGAAGGUUGAGUUUCUGGCCUACAUAGAGUUUCAUAUUGCAAAUCAUUGCUUUAGUCACAUUUUCAUUUAGCAGGGGUUGCCAAAACAAUGUUAUAUUGUGUGCAGUAUAUGUAUCUGUCAACUAUUUCUUCUCAAACUAUUUCCAGCAUAUUAAUCCAGCACCACUCCACAAAAGGGCUUUAAAAAAAGAAAAAAAACAAAACAAUCGAGUUAAAUGAAAAACUGGACAUUAGUCCAAUAUUCCAUCUCAAAAAACGUUUUCCAGGUGCAUUGCUGACAUUUGGUGCUCUGUUAAAUGAAUUUGUUGGAAUUCACCAUUAUGCUGGCACAGUCCUAUACAACUGUAUGAGGAUAAACAGCAGUUAUAACAUAGAUUCAUUUUAUAAUGGAAGUCAUACACAAAAAUGCUGUGAAAUUGCUAUAAUGCUAUAUUUUCUCAGAUUUUCCCCAUUGAUUAACUCGUCCUCCCGUUAUGCAAAAAAGAGCAUACACAACUCAUUUUCCCAAAGUACAUAGUUUGCAUUAGGCUUCUGUAUAAAUAAAGUGCAUUUUUUUAUUGUUGCAAACACCAUCUAUAAUUUGGAGCUAUGAAAGAAUCUAUGAAAGUAUAGGUAUGGGAUCUGUUAUUUGGAAACCUGUUAUCCAGAAAGCUUUGACUUAAAGGAAGUCCAUCUCCCAUAGACUCCUUUUUAAUCAAAUAAUUCACAUUUUGAAAACCAUUUUCCUUUUUCUCUGUAAUAAUAAAAUAACGUCUACUUGAUCCCAAUUAAGAUAGAAUUAAACCUUAUUGGGGCAAACCAAUCCUAUUAGGUUUAGUUCAUAUUUACAUAAUUAUUAGCAGAUUUACGGUCUGGUAUUCCAAAUUAUCCCAUAUCCGGAAAUCCCGGGUCCUGAGCAUUCUGGAUAACAGGUCCCAUUCCUGUUGCUGUUUAUAUGUCAUUCUCUGUUGCUGGGGUUGAAAGAAGACACAUGUAUGAAGGUUUUUUGCUAAAACUCUGUUUUUGUUGUAUGCAUAUCAGCAUUUCUUUUUCAUGGGCCAUGUGCAAAUCUAAAUGUUGACAUUACGCUGUUAACACCAGCUGUAGUGUGAGGUUUGGGAGUUUUUUUUUUUGCUGUGUAAUAACUGUGUAUUAUGUUUCCUUAUGGUUGGAGUAGUCUGACAGAAGAACAAACUUCUGACAGUUUACUCACUUUGUAUAUUUGCUUUAUAGCCUUGGUUUCUAUCCAAUUACCCUCUUCAACACAGACAUCCCCUUUCCUGCUAUCAUUAACACACUAUAUUGUGGUACUUUUACUGUGAGAGUAACUACACUACAAUUCACAAACACCAUCACAUAGAUUGUUAGAUUAUGUCCUUUUGACUCGCCUACUCAUACAGUAUAUUCAUCUGACCCAACCCCCACAUUUUGUUGUUGGACCUCCAGACACUAUUUGUUGUCAAAAUGCCAUAGACUUAAUGCUUUCCUUCCUUAGGUUUCCAUUAGGCAAAUAAAAAGGAGGAAUGAAAUAAUGGGUUUGGCAUCUCUUGAUAAGAACCUUAUUUAGACCUUUGCAAGACAGGAGACAGUGUAGACCAGUUUUGGUUGUUAUGAAAUGGAUAUUAUAAUAGAAUAUCUCCAUAAUUCCCUUUACCCAACACUGUUUUGUUCUUACAUUGGCCAUACACUCAUUCUGUUUCUUAGAUCAGUAUUGAACUUUAUACUCUUGUAAUUUUAAACUUCUUUGUCUUAGGAACUGACAGUUUACAACCGGGAAUGAGACAGAUUGCAACUGUAAAACGUGAUCUACAAAACACUAUAAAAUAAUUCUUAUAUUUAAUGAGCAUUUAAUCUGCUUUUGAAGUACUUUAUGUAAGCCGUGCUCGCUAUCUCUUGAUGUGAAAAUUGCCCUCAUAAAAUGGAAGGAGAAGGCAGCGGCACGUCUUAUUAAUCAAAGGCACAUGUGUGAAACAAGACAUUAUACCGUUAGGUCCAAUAUGUUUACGGGGAAAUAUUUAUGCUUAUAGCAAUAUGUUUAUUGUGUCAAUUAUAAAUCUGGGCGUUUGUUUUUUCUUUGUGAUGGAAUUUGCAAAUUCCGUAAGAGAAGGAAGCCAGGAAGAAAAGGGAUCCUUUUUUAUUAGUUUAAUAAUGGAAAUUUUUAUAGGCUUUUUUUUCUUUAAAAGGAAGAAAAGAAUACAAGCUUUCUGAAACUGGUGCCUCAGUUGUAGUAAAUCUUUUUAAGUGUCUGUUGAAAGGGCAGUUUAAUGCACUUUGUUAACAAAUAGGUUUUAGGUUAAAGGGUAACAGCUUCAGAAUUCCUAUAAGCUGACUACAGAAAUGUACUCAGAUUUGCCUUAUUUUUAAUACCACUAUAAAAGUAACCCACAAUCAGGAUUGAUUCUAUUUAUAUAGCAUACUGAUCAACUACUUUCCUAUAAUUUUGCUGUUAUUCCAAUGAAAUGUAUUCUUAACAUAGUUAAGUAAUACUCUUAAUUUUCCUCUGACCCAUUUAUUUACAUAGGUGCCUCAGUUCAGUAUUCCAUUCCAACCCUUCAACAAUUAUCUGCCAUCAAUCUAUUGUUGUUAGAAUUAUGAAAUUGUGUUGGGUUGCUGUGUCUUAACUGGACCAGUGCGUAGUUAAUGAUAGUUAAUAACGGCCUACAUCUAAGGGCCGUGACACAAGGAUUAUUAGUCCGAGCAUCUUGUAGGUUUAACAUUGUCGGCUCAGCAAAACACAUGUCUUGGCUGUUAUUGUAGUUUGUGAUAAGAGUUUCUUCCCAUCAUAAUUCCUUAGGGAAUUUCACUAAUGGACAAAGAAAUCAACAAGAGUUUGCUUGUGUGUUAAAUAGGAGCACAAACCUUUUGUGAUGUUUGGACAGAUAAAGAAUCUGCAUACAUCUACAGUAGCUCAGGCACAAAAAAUGCAUCAACACAGCCCUUCUGAAUUACCAUAUUCCGAAUGAAAAACACGAAUUUAUGUUUCGUAGUCUUAACAUAUAUGGUUGUGAGCAUUCUACUAAUUGCAGUAAAAAUCUGUAAUAAUAGAAAAUCCUGCAACUAUCUAGUCGGCCAUCAGAUCUUCCAUGCCAACCACUUGGACAAAUAAAAUAAGCAAACUUGAAAGUUUGCCUUUAUGAUGAUGAUUAUGUGUCUUUAAGCUGCAGUGGAAACUGUAUUUGGUCACAAUGUUUGCAUAGCAACAAAACUCAACACAAACGGAACCAGGAAAUUCAUACUGAGCUUUUGGAGCAAUAAAGGAAUGAUAAUAUGAACUGAAUCAGCCAGGAAUGGAAUGAAUUAAAUGAGCAGCUUGCUAAAGUGCAAACAAGUGCGUGUGGGGGAUAAAGGACUUCAAUUCCAAACUUAUUUCUGGUUUUCCAAAGAAUCUUGUGAAUUUGUUGCGGCCAGAAAUGUACCCAUUUUAAGGAAGAUUAUUGCAAUGUACAAUAAAGUUUAGUGUGCAAGGAACCUUUCUCAGUUCACUUUCUCAGCCGUUGAUUGUGUUCACCCCCCCCCCUACAAAGCACAAGCCAUUGUGACCACCCCUUUUUGCAUAAUACAAUAUUUGAAUAAUCUGUAAGAAAUUUCAGUUCUGUUUUGUUUGCAAUUUUGUAUUUUUAAAAAAAGCCUGUAUUAAAUUCAAAUUUUAUUUUAAA